GGUAAUUCCUGCUGGCCACCAGGCCAUUUAUGAACCUACUAAAAAAUCCACUAUGGAACACCAACCCCCAAAAAAGUAUAGUGAUGUAGUAAAAGAAGGCACACAAAGAAAAUACCUAGAUAAAACCUUAGAUAACCACAACACCACACAUUCCCCGAAAGGAAGGCAUAUUACUACACAUCAUGAAAUAAGAAAUCAUAGUAGAAGUAUUUCUCCACCUCCAGAUACCCCACCUUCACCUUCUUUUUUUCAGAGAGAUCUCAUCCAAAACAGAAGGAAACCGACAGACAGCACUCAAUUUUGGGAAAUAUCAGGGAAAAGAAAACGUUCACUCGAAGAAGGAGAAAGAGAAGAAAGAGGGAAGCAACACAGAGAGAAGACAGGGAAGACCUCAAUUUAG